AUGGGGUCUUCCAAAAAUUGUGCCUGUGACGGUGCUGGAUUAUGGCCUCCCUACUGGACCAUUCGCUGGACAAUCUGUCCUUCUGGAUCUUUUCGGGCUUUUCGAACGGAAACUGCAAAGCGUUGCUGA